AUGCCGAUCGCGGACAGGGACGAGGGCAUGGCCAUCAACACCAACAUCAACCGCUCCAGCACCGUGACCGCCGAGGUGAACCAGUCGACGGACGAGCAGACCACCACCACAUUCUACAAAGGCUCAGAGGGUGCUUGGGAGAGGCACGAGGAAGCAGCCCAGAUCAUCCGAGCGCAGUUCCUCGAUGGCUCUACUCAUGGAGAUCGGCACGAGACGGAUCCGCACAUGCCUGGGAAGGUGAAGAGGAGAACGCAGCACAAGUUCCGAAAGACUGUUCGCGCCAGCGUGUACCUCGAACCAGUGAUCAAACAUGCACCAGACGAGCAACGAGAUCUCAUGCCCCCGAUGUUGGGUCACGAAACCCAGUGGAACCUGCACCACCCUUCCAACUUCCAGCAAAAGGCCGCCGUGCAAGAACCUUUGACCGCCGAGCAGGCCGCCCGCGCGAGCUCUAAGAUCUGGGUCCAGGCUGCCCUACGGGGAAUCAUUGGCAAGAAGAUAUCCAGGAGAGACAAUGCUUACUACACCAAGGGACAAUACCUAUUCGACGCGGUGGUCUUGCUGGAACUAGACAAGCACGGAAAAGACCCAGAGGCAGGAGCUUUCCAUCGAUACAUUUACAGGAGAGACACAGAGGAUGCUCGAGCCGUGGUUCGAUUCGGGAGUCGACUUCUCUCAUCGAUGUCCAUGGCUCACAGCUCGUGA